AUGGCGGCCGUGGACCCGAUGGAUUAUGUGAUGCACCAGCCUGAUCCGGCUCCGAGUGCGGGCCCGGGCUUCCACGGAAUGCUGCAGCACCAAGGAUGCCCAUAUGUCCGGAGCCAGCACCAGCACCAGCCAUACCAUGGGUCGAGCUUGCCUCAUCCGCAACUGGAUGCCGGCAUUAAUCCCAUGCACCACCAGCUGCCACAUUUCUCGCAGCUGCCACACCCAGACCGGUCGACAUUUUAUUCGUCCGGGAACGGGCCUGGAAACACGCAUGGAGGAAGCCACGGGCCACAACACCCCCACCAUCAAGGACAGCAGCAGCCACAGCAACAGCAGCAACAACAGCAGCAACAACAACACAACCAGCCCCAACAAUCACACCAACCCCCCCCUCCCCCUCCUACUUCUUCUUCUUCUCUGCCGCAACAGCCCCAGCCCCUGCAACCUCAACAUCUUCCUCCUAUACAACCGCCACCCACACUUCCGUUCCCGCAGUCCUAUCCGCAACAUACCCCUCACUACGACGCGCACGCGGCUAGCAGCGCGUGGUUCCAGACUCAAAAUCCCGGCACGUCGUGGCCCAUACCCUCUUUCCACCCAAACCACGGGCCAGGACAGCAACCCUCCGGCCCCAGGCUUCCAGGUGUAGACUCACAUUUCGGAGGCCCAGGCAGCGGGCCUGGAGCUGUGCAGCCUCUUGGUGGUCCAAACCAGCCCUAUAUUCCCCACUCCCACCACCACACCUAUUCUCCUUACAGCUUUCCUGGAUUCCCGCGGCCGACUUCCUACGCGCGAACCUCCGCCGUCCUCCCGAUACCCCCCCAAAUCUCGAACCCAACCAUCCGGCACGACCACUCGGGCGAGAGCCAGGCGAAUCAAGCGACCACAACGAACAACACCCCGAACCAAACAAACCAGCCGAGUACGCCGGGCCAGGCAGCCCAGACGAACCAGUCGAGCCGCUCCCCGACUUCCCAGUCUCCCUCAAGCACGAUGAGCGCUGAUCGGGACGCGCCCUCUGCCGGCAGGCAGGGUUUCACGCUACCGUCUCUGAACCCCAAUACGAACCAGGGCCUAUCUUCCGGCUCGCACCCGAACCCCCAGCUACCCUCUUCGAGCUCUCAAGAAGUGACCCCGCCUAGCGCCGUUCCAUCGGACCCGACAUCAACCCGCUUCCCGCAGAUUUCCCAGCGCCCCGGUUCCUCUCACACAACUCCGGGCAUAUCGCAGCCCGGUUCCGCAGACUGGCUGGCCUUCCACCUUGGGGAUUUCAGGCGCGCGGACGGGACGUCUGGGAGCAUAUAUCGGUCGCAAGCCAUGGCUUCCGACCCCGCGGCCCUUUCAUCAGCACACCGGCGUCACCAAAGCGCGUCGGCGCGCCGUCCGCCACAGCCAGACCAGGAUAGUGACGAAGAUCUUGGCUCGUCUGCAGACGAAGCAGAGCAAAUGCUACGACUCAUCGACGGGUCCGGGAUCAACCUGGCGCAUAUUAGAGCCACGUUUGCCGAGGACCAUCUACGCGCCAGUCAAGUGCUUCGUGGCCAGAUAACUAACAAACGUGUGGCGUCGAAGAUUGCAGUGCAGCAGCUCCAGAGUGUGGAUCCGGACAGUCUCCCCGAGACGGAGAGAACUUGCGUCAUCUGCUACAACGAUUUCGGCCAGGCAAGCCCAGAAGGGAUUAUCGAGGCCCCUCUAAGGUUGCCGAAGUGCCAACACGUUUUUGGCGACCACUGCAUUAAGAAGUGGUUUGAGGAGUCCGACAGUUGCCCUUAUUGCCGUGACAAGGUGCCUAGCGAGCUUGCUAUGGUUCCUAAUUCGCGAUAUAACAACCUGCUACGGAUGCGCACUCGUCUUCCAACCAACUCACACCCUGGACCGGAUGAGGUCUUGCGCCUAUUCACGCCGCAGGACUCUCAGUACUCGCGUCAUCGAGCCCGGCUGGAAGGAGGCUCUGAAGGCUCGGUGGUGCCGCGGCCCUCGCAGCGGCGGUCUCCCCCGACGGAAGCGGAAAACCGGAGACGAACGCGUGUUAGGCACAGUAGCGGUCAUUACGUCCACCCAGGUGGCAUGUUCACGGGCGGCCCCGCGCGCUCGACGGGUGCACCAUCAUCCACAGUCCCGUCCGGGCAGCACAGCCCCACAAGCGAACGUGUAACGCCCCCCAACCACUCGCUCUGGCCUGUCCCGCCCGCGGAGGAUUCAGACUGGAUGCUGACGUCUAGGUACACGAGACAGUUCGCCCCGAGCCAACGCCUGUUUUACCAGUCUGCCGAGUCAGGCCGCCCUCCUGCUACGGCUGCUUCUCCGUUCGACUCGGCCCUGUCGACUGCCAAUCCGGGACCGUCCAGCUUCCGCCUGAGCACGAACGCGCCCCCGCCGCUGCCACCGAACCCUAACCAUCAACACCAACACGGCUACUUUCCCAACACGCCAUUCGGUACCCAAGCCCCGUCUUCCGUAUCCCAGCAACUUCCCCCGAUCAGCGCGCCCAGCUUCCAGAAUGCGCUAGCCGGGCGUGCCAACGCUCCCCAUGUUGCCGGUCCGGAGGCCCAGGUGCAGUAG